UAUUUUUUUGAUAUUCCCCUAUUUAUAAUAAUUUCUGGUCCGACCAGGCAUAAUAUUCCUUAUCCAAAGUGGAGUGAGCGUGUGUGUGUGUGUGUGUGAGAGAGAGAGAGAGAGAGAGAGAGAAGAGAGAGAGUGAGAGAGAAGAUAGAGAGAGAGAGGGAGGAAUGGCAGCAGUGGCAACAAUAAUUCCUUCAAUCUCUACGGUGAAUCUGCAUUUUCAGGCAAGUCUGAAGAAGGGUUUGGGAUUAGACUCAACAAGAAGAAGAAGAAGAUUGAAUUCUCUUGUUAGCAUCACUCGAGCCUGCCUCCGUCACCGCAAUGCUCCUCUCCUUGAAUCUGCAGCCAAGCACACUAUUGAUUUUGCAUUCAACGAUGCUGAUAUUAUUGAAGAAAGAACACUUAUUUCAUUAAUUGGGCAUCAGAGAUUGCAAGGCGAGGAAUCUAUAAUUCAAGAGAAGGUACGGAGGAGACCAUCUAUAGGCCAUGCAGGUCCAACGGGAGGCGACUUCCCACUAAUCACUAGAGAAGGGCAUAAUGUUCUUGAUGUUAUAUAUACGUCGCCAAUACUAAACCUUGUUGAAGUAGCCAACACUCUUGACAAUAUUGAUGGGGUUGUAGACCAUGGAGUCAUUUCUAAGAUCCCGUAAGUUCCAAGUUGCCUUGUAACCUUCUUCUGUUUUUGCAUGGAUGACAUUUGUUUAUGCUUGAUGGAUAGAUAAG